GUUGACUUUUAUUUUGUCGUCUCUCUGCUGAAGCAGUCUGAUCAUUUGGUGAUGAGUUUUGUGACAGUCCAGUCUGUGAACAUCAUGACAGGCAUCAUGUUACUGAGUCUCCUCUUUAUUCCAAAGCCUUCGACUGCUUGUCCUGAGUAUUCAGACCUCUUCAUCACUGCACCAACAGAGAUGGAAGCUCUGAGUGGAUCAUGUUUACAAAUCCCAUGUAGCUUUAGUGCUGCUGGACCAGUAAAGUUUGACAUCAGAAGAGCUGUCUUUGGAGUGUGGAUUAAAAAUCACUCCAAUGUUAAUAAAUUUCCAAACAAUGAGAUCUCCAACAGCAGUGGGACAGUUAACAUCUAUCCAAUGAAGAUUACAGGAAACCUGAAGGAGAAAAACUGCACCACUCUGUUUUCCAACUUAACCACAACUUAUACAAACACAUACUACUUCAGAAUUAUGAACUGGCCGUUCAGAGCAACAGCUGCUUGUGAUCCUCUUAAAAUAAAAAUUAAAG